AUGAGUAGUGAAUCUCAAAUUUCAACAAUCGUCAAUGAGAUAUUGUUCUAUAUAUUGUUAAUUUUUAAUGAAACAAUAUUCAUUCAGAGAGUCGAAGCAAUUGAAGAAGCUUUUAGUUGUGUCUUGGUUCAUAAUCUUGGCAAUGAAACGGAAAAAAUAAAAAAAUGGCAAGGAGAACUGCGUUCCGUAAUGCUCAAAUUACCAGUAGAUCAACAAGAGCUUGCAGUUAAACAAUUUUUAACUUUGGCUGCUGGGAUGACCAACCAUAAACGCUUGCAACUUUUACUUGGUCUUCUAGAGAAUUUAGUAGUCAAUACCGUUUUACCGGCAAGAAUGGUAUGUGAAUCAAUUUUAAGCUGCGAUAAAUUAGUAUAUGAACUUCAAGACUUUUGGGUUGAAUGUUUCAUUUUAAUAAAGAAAAUAAUCGGUGGAGUAGACUACAAAGGUGUACGAGAGGUAAUGAAGGGUUGUAUAGAGAAAGCUCAGACUAUUCCAGCAAAAUUAAAUGCUUCAGUACAGCCUCAAUUAAAAAGUCUGGAACAUGUAUUUGAAAAUAUAUUUGAUAGGAAUGCUUGUCUUCUUCCAAGCUAUUUCAUUGUUACGGAGAUUCAAAAAGUAUAUCCAGAUAAUAAAAAUUGGCCUCAUUGGAAAUUAGCAAAACUUAUUUCAAGCUUUGUAGAAAGUUUUCGACCUGUAGCUCAAAUGGUAUCAAUAAUCGGACAUUCAAAAAUGCGUCCAGUUGUUGAACAUACAGGAUAUGCUGACCAUCUAAUAAAUCCCUGGUUAUUAGAUCCAUCAUCACUAAAGUUUUCUUUAAAAGGAAAUCUUCCUUAUGACGCUGAAUUGCUUAAACCACAAACAGACUUACUUCGUUAUGUUCUGGAGCAGCCAUAUAGCCGUGACAUGGUUUGUUCAAUGCUUGGACUUCAGAAGCAACAUAAACAACGCUGUAUAGCAUUAGAAGAACAAUUGGUGGAACUUGUUAUUCUUGCAAUGGAAAGAUCGGAAAAUGAUACACCUCAACCAUCUGAAGGAAUAGAUGGAACUGUAGCGAAUCAUUGGGUAUGGUUACACCUUUCAUCACAAUUAAUUUACUUUAUUCUCUUCCAAUUUGCUUGCUUUCCAAGUAUAGUAAUGGCGAUUCAUGAAAAACUUGCUGCAAGAGAUUUACGGAAAGGCCGAGAUCAUUUGAUGUGGGUAUUGCUUCAAUUCAUUUCUGGAAGUAUUCAACGAAAUCCUUUGGCUAAUUUUUUACCAGUAUUGAAACUUUACGAUCUUUUAUACCCAGAAAAAGAGCCUUUGCCUGUACCUGAUUUCAAUCAAGCUCUUUGUACACAUCAAAUGGCUAUGACGUGCAUAUGGAUUCACUUGCUAAAGAAGGCACAAUCAGAGCAUGCUAAUAUUCAUAGACCGAUCCCUACUGCAUUGAAAAACCAUCACGAAUUUCUUCAACAUUUGGUAAUGCCUAACUCUUCACUUUGUAUGGGGCCAGAUUAUCGAAUCGCACUUCUUUGUAAUGCUUAUUCUACUUAUCAAGAAUACUUUAGCAGACCUAUGGCUACACUUGUUGACACAGUAUUAGGCACUCAAAAAAGUCAACCGCAACAACCUUUGCCUACGAAUAUACAAAAUAAUGCAGCUUUGGCUACAGGACCAAUUACUCCCUUAUCGAUGUCUAUUUUAGACUCUCUUACAGUACAUUCUAAAAUGAGUCUCAUUCAUAGUAUUGUGACUCAUGUUAUAAAGCUAGCACAGUCAAAAAGUAACUUACCAUUAGCACCUGCUCUUGUAGAAACUUACAGUAGACUUUUAGUUUACACGGAGAUAGAAAGUCUUGGUAUAAAAGGGUUUAUCAGUCAAUUAUUACCACAAGUAUUUAAAUCUCAUGCUUGGGGGACUUUGUAUACACUUUUAGAAAUGUUCAGUUACAGAAUGCAUCAUAUUCAACCUCAUUACCGAGUUCAAAUACUUUCUCAUCUUCACAGUUUAGCUGCAGUACCUCAGACAAAUCAAACUCAAUUGCAUUUAUGCGUUGAAAGUACUGCUUUAAGGAUGAUUACAGGUUUAGGAUCAUCUGAAGUUCAACCACAAUUGUCUAGAUUUUUAUCUGAACCAAAAACUUUGGUGUCAUCUGAAUCUGAAGAACUUAAUCGUGCUUUAGUGCUUACUCUCGCCAGAUCAAUGCAUAUUACCAGUACUGGUGCAGAUUCUUUAAGUGGAACGUGGUGUAAAGAGUUACUAAAUACUAUAAUGCAAAAUACUCCUCAUUCAUGGGCAAAUCAUACGCUUCAAUGUUUUCCUCCUGUGUUGAGUGAAUUUUUUCAACAAAAUAGUGUUCCUUGGGAAAAUAAACAACAGAUUAAAAAAGCAGUUGAAGAGGAAUAUAGGAAUUGGGCGUCUAUGAGCAAUGAGAAUGACAUAAUAGCUCAUUUUUCUGUUCCAGGUACUCCACCAUUGUUUCUGUGUUUGUUAUGGAAAAUGAUUCUUGAAACAGAUAGAAUCAGUCCGAUUGCUUAUAAAAUUUUAGAGAGAAUUGGCGCAAGAGCAUUGUCUGCUCACUUAAGAAAAUUUUGUGACUAUUUGGUGUUUGAAUUUGCAAAUAGUGUAGGAGGAGGACAGCAUGUCAACAAAUGUGUUGAUACAAUUAAUCAUAUGAUUUGGAAAUAUAACAUUGUAACUAUUGAUAGACUGGUAUUAUGUUUAGCCCUAAGAACUCAAGAGGGUAACGAAGCACAAGUUUGUUUUUUCAUUAUUCAAUUACUUCUACUGAAAGCAGCUGAAUUUCGUAAUCGAGUUCAAGAAUUUGUCAAAGAAAAUUCACCAGAACAUUGGAAGCAGUCUAAUUGGCAUGAUAAACAUUUAGCAUUUCAUCGAAAAUUCCCAGAGACGUUUGCACCAGAAGGAAUUAUGGAUCAAACGAGUGGUGGACCAAGUCAAUAUCAGAGUUUACCUGUUUACUUUGGCAAUGUUUGCCUGAGAUUCUUGCCCGUUUUUGAUAUUGUUGUACACAAAUUUCUGGAAAUUCCUCAAGUAAGUAAAAGUUUAGAAAUUCUUUUAGACCAUUUGGGAUGUCUUUACAAAUUUCAUGAUCGUCCUGUUACGUACUUAUACAACACACUUCAUUAUUACGAAAACAAAUUGCGUGAUCGUCCGUUUUUGAAGCGACGUCUUGUCGCUGCUGUAUUAGGUUCAUUAAAAGAAAUAAGAGCACCAACAUGGGCUUUAUCCGAACAGUUUUUACAAUAUAUGGGGCGUGCCACCGAUGAAACCUUUACUUGGAUCCCGGAAUUAGAUUAUUAUAUUCGUUUAGUCAGAAGAAUGGUUGAAACAAUGGCAGGAACGCCGCAUUUCCCGUCUGUAGAUUGGAGAUUCAACGAAUUUCCUAAUCCUGCAGCCCACGUUCUUUAUGUUACAUGUGUUGAAUUAAUGGCAGUACCGGUCGCUCCAAAUCUUGUUGCUGACAAUCUUUUAGAUGUUGUUGCCAAAGGUUACACUGUUAUAGCUCCAAAAGAAAUUCACUUAUGGAUUAACUGCAUUGGGUUACUUAUGACUGCAUUGCCGGAAUGCUAUUGGUCUGCUUUUUACGAUCGUAUUGUUGAAACUGCGAGCAGUCCUGGUUUAGAAAAAUGGCAAUAUAAUAAUCUUACACCAUUCCAAAUAUUUAAUUUUGACAAUACGCACAAUUGCUUAAUGGAAAAUAAGUAUUCUUAUAUGUUGGCCAUCGCUCAUUCAAUAUGGCAUCAUGCUGGUGUUGGACAAAUAACUUCUAUGCCACAGCUCAUCAAAGAAAAACUUCAACCUGUUGUCACUAGCGAAGAGCAAUUGAUAUUUGCUUGCCACUUAAUUGGACCUACUUUGGCUCGUUUCAAUGUAGAACGACCACGUUGUAUAGUCGAACUAUCAGUGAGCUUGUACGAGAUGUUAGAACAGGUUGAUAGAACUCAAGCUACACUUAAAUACAUGGAUCCAGUUUGUGAUCUUCUUUAUCAUAUUAAAUACAUGUUUGUUGGAGAUAUGAUGAAAACUGAUGUUGAGUGUAUAAUUCGAAGACUAAGACCAGCCUUGCAAAUGAGGCUCAGGUUUAUUGCUCAUUUAAAUAUUGAUGAAAUUCAGUCAAAUUAA